UAACCAACUUUCAAAGGCACAGCAUAUGGCUUAUGAUAAUAGCUCUCGAUCCCUUCCUGCGGUAUCGCAUCUGCGAUAGUAGCUCAGCCCAAGCAAUGGAAAGCGUCAACGCAUACCAUGGCUCACCGCCGCAGUCACCUUUGCCGCCAGCAGACGGCGAUCCUCCGGCCGGCCUAACGCCGGAGGAAUACGAAUCCCUCCAAUCGACGAUCGAUGCCCACCACCGAUACCAUUUAAGCACCGGUCAAUGCUCCUCCCUGAUCUCGCAACGGAUCCGGGCUCCGGCAGCGACCGUCUGGUCUGUGGUUCGCCGAUUCGACCGCCCACAAAUAUACAAACACUUUAUCCGCAGCUCCGCCAUUAUGGACGGCGGCGAGGUUCGCAUCGGCAGCCUUCGCGAGGUUAGAGUCAUCUCCGGCCUUCCUGCGAGCACCAGCACCGAGCGGCUCGACAUACUCGACGAAGAACAGCGGGUCACCGGAUUCACCAUCAUCGGCGGCGAGCACCGCCUUACGAAUUACAGAUCGGUUACAUCGGUGACGGAGUUCGGGGAAUCAGAUCGGGAAAGCGGCGGCGGUUUGUGGACGGUGGUGCUUGAAUCAUAUAUCGUCGAUGUGCCGGAAGGAAACACCGAGGAAGAUACCAGGCUCUUUGCUGAUACUGUUGUUCGGCUCAAUCUACAGAAGCUCGCCACUGUUACGGAAUCGAUGGCGGCAGCGGCGGCAGUAUCUGAGAAGGGAAAGUGAGAUUGGCUGAUUUGGAAUGGCGUUUGAUAAAAGAUGGAUACGGAUUUGUUGCCGAUUUAGGCUCUGUUGAGUGUGAGAUUUUCUUCUUUUGUUUCAAUUGUUUUUUCGCUUCAUCUUCUCUGCUUUCUUUUUGCUAGUUCUGUUAUUUGUUCGGUGAAAUGACUGCCCUUACCCAAAGUGUGUAUCUAAUUGGGCAGAUUUAUGGAUGUUUUGAGUUAAUUACUCUUCAUUAUUUUUUCGUGAUGCCA